ACAUUUCGUCAGAGGGCGCGCUCCCUGGAAAAUUCCACUCCCGAGCUAGCUCCACCCUUUGCGCCUUCUCUCCUACCUCACACUUUUCUUGCAGAGCCCCCAUCCCAGCGGCCUUUGCGUGAACAAAAUGGCAGCCCCCGUGCCUCAGAGGUUGUCUUGCUUAUCCAAAGCUUUGGGAUGGUGGUCUCGGCAGUCACUCUUGAUGACUCAGUCUACAGCUGUAGUUCCAGUAAGAACUAAAAAACGUUUCACACCUCCUGCUUAUGAACCCAAAUACAAAACAGAAAAGGAGUUUAUAGAAUAUGCCCGGAAAGCAGGAUUGGUUAUUCCCCCAGAACGUUUGGAUCGGCCCAUACAUGUGGCCUGUACAGCUGGUAUCUUUGAUGCUUAUGUUCCUCCUGAGGGUGAUGCUCGAAUGUCAUCUCUUUCAAAGGAAGGACUGAAACAGAGAACUGAGCGAUUGAAGAAAAAUGCAGCAUCACAAUUGUCAAUCCGGAAGAUAAAAGAAUUUGAUGCUAAUUUUAAAACAAAGGACUUCCCUGAAAAAGCUAAGGAUAUUUUCAUAGAAGCUCACCUUUGUCUAAAUAACUCAGACCAUGACCGGCUUCAUACUUUGGUAACUGAACACUGUUUUCCGAAUAUGGUCUGGGACAUCAAGUAUAAGACUGUCCGCUGGGGCUUCGUGGAAUCUUUAGAGCCGGCCCAGGUGGUGCAGGUUCGCUGCUCGAGUAUGGUGAACCAGAGCAACAUGUAUGGCCAGGUUACUGUCCGCAUGCACACCCGGCAGACUCUAGCUAUCUAUGAUCGGUUUGGGCGGUUGAUGUAUGGACAAGAAGAUGUACCCAAGGAUGUCUUGGAGUAUAUUGUGUUUGAAAAACACCUGCUGAACCCCUACGGGAACUGGAGAAUGCAUGGCAAGAUUGUUCCCCCAUGGGCACCCCCUAAGCAGCCCAUCCUUAAGACGGUGAUGAUUCCUGGCCCCCAGCUGGAACCUUGGGAAAAAUGUGAAGAGGCACAAAGAGAGAACCAUAAGUCUCAGCUAGCCUGACGACAAAAAUGACUCUUGGGGUGAAGCACUGGUGAUGAUGAUUCUGGACGUUGUGAAGUCAUCCAUCUCUUUCAGACCACCCCUGUUUCCUCCUGCCUUGCUUGGAUCUUUUGAGCAGAUUCAUCCUUACAAUCAUGUCUGAUGGCUGGGCCCAGGUCGUUGGCUAGUAUGCACGGCCAUGGACCCUUUUUCUUUUUAAAAUCAUAUGUCUAGCUUCUGAGUCUAGAUGAAAGACAAUAUGUUUCACUGAACAAACAUCUGAUACUUUUUUUCACAGCAGAGACUGUGGGAGCUAAUAGGUAACAUUCUUUUGUAAUCACUGGGCAGAGAUCAGAGUUUGAAAUAAAAUACUAUCAGAGUGUUGGACAAAU